CAUCACUGAAGCAGUGCUCUGGUCAGCGACUCCCGCGCGCCCCUCUGCUCCGCGCAGACGCAUGAAGGCCGUCUCCCGGUAGCAGCGACUCCUUCCUCGGUGAAUCCUCCGCAGUCGUCGCUCCUCCAUGGAUGUGAAGUGAAGGCGGACGGAAUCCAGUUGCUGUCUCUUCCUCUUCCUCUUAUUCUCACCGUCCAGACCGCAGAACCGCACCGAACCACAAAAUGGCGGACAUGGUGGAGCUGGGACCCGCCUACGCCAUGUCUCCAGUGCUGGCGGGCUUCCUGGGAGCCGGGGUUCUGGUUCUGGUCAUGGUGGUUCUGGUUCUGCUCUGGUCGUUCUGCCAGCGCCGUUACCUCCGCAUCAGUGGCCGCUACAAGCUGCACGGCGACCGCUACUGCGACGCCGAGGACCCCCCCUACAAGUUCAUCCACAUGCUGAAGGGGAUCAGCAUUUACCCAGAAUCCCUCAGCGGCAGCAAGAGGAUCGUCCGCGGCGUCCGGCGCGCCGACCGCUCUGACGCUGACGGAGAGAGAGGCGGUGCCGCCGGCCCGGCGGGGAGGGGCAUGGUGUUGGUGGACGCAGAGAACAACAUCCUGGACGUCCCGGGGCAGCUGCAGAUGAGCCACCUGGUGCCCCCCGCCGGGGCAGCGGCGCCCCAGGGUCAGGGUCGGAUGGAGCGGGCGUUACCCGUCCGCGCCGAUUACUGCUGCCUGGACAGCAGCUCCGCCAGCAGCAGCCAGACCAGCAGCAAGACGGCGUCCCCCUUCACCCCCGCCGGCGCCGAGCCCGAACCCGAGCCCAACCUGGGCUCCAUCAGCCUCGCCGUCGACUACAACUUCCCCAAGAAGGCCCUGGUGGUGACCAUCGUCGGGGCCCGGGGGCUCCCCGCCAUGGACGAGCAGGCGGGCAGCUCCGACCCGUACGUGAAGAUGACCAUCCUGCCCGAGAAGAAGCACCGGGUCAAGACCCGCGUGCUGAGGAAGACUCUGGACCCGCUGUUCGACGAGACCUUCACCUUCUACGGCGUGGCCUACAGCUCGCUGCCCGAGCUCACGCUGCACUUCCUGGUGCUCAGCUUCGACCGCUUCGCCCGCGAUGAUGUCAUCGGGGAGGCCGUGGUGCCGCUGAAGGGCUUCGACCUGAGCACGGGCCGAGUCCACCUGAGCCAGCAGAUCGCCAAGAGGAACAUGCAGUGUGACAGCCGUGGAGAGCUGCUGGCCUCUCUGUCCUACCAGCCGGUGUCCCACCGCCUCAGCGUGGUCGUUCUGAAGGCCCGACACCUCCCCAAGAUGGACAUGACCGGCCUGUCAGCCAAUCCCUACGUGAAGGUCAACGUCUUCUACGGCCGCAAACGCAUCGCCAAGAAGAAGACCCACGUGAAGAAGUGCACCCUGAACCCGGUCUUCAACGAGUCCUUCAUCUACGACAUCCCGCCCGAGCUGCUGCCCGAGAUCUCCGUGGAGUUCCUGGUGGUCGACUUCGACCGGACCACCAAGAACGAGGUCCUGGGCCGCCUGCUGCUCGGCCUGCACAGCCCCUCCCCCUCCGGCGCCUCCCACUGGAGGGAGGUGUGCGAAAACCCCCGCCGGCAGAUCUCCAAAUGGCACAACCUGAGCGAGUACUGAGGCGGGAGGAGCGGCUGGGACAGGAACAGACUCUGUACAGCACAUGCACACACACACAUGCACACAUGCACACACACACACACACACACUGCUGUGACCACAGUUCAACUCCAUCGCUGUUCUCUUCCGCCUCACAUCCUGCAGCUCUGAAAAACAUCUGAAGUUCCUCAGACUGAUGUCAUGUGUGUGUCUGCUGGGGGGGGGGUCCAGUGUGGUUACAAAAUAGAUGAAGACCCCCCCCCCCCCCCCUCAUUGCUGUUGCCAUGCAGGUCAUUGCAUGUCUGUGUGAAAAGAAAAAAGCCUGACGGACGAGAAGAAGCCUCUGUAACCAAACGCUGACCCGGCCCAGUAGAACAGCUGCUCUGCCCCGGUUCUGGUUCUGGUUCAGACGCCCCCGUCCUUUUCUUCACCUGCUGACAGAAGGGGAGGAACUUUAACGCUUAAGCCAGAGUCCGUCUGAACCCACGAUGAAGAGUUUGAGCCCGCUUCUGAUCGGGAACCAGAACCUGCUGCUAAUGUGCAGAAAAAGAGACGAGGGUGGGAACCAACAGAAGGAUGAAGAUGAGGAGAUGAUGGAGAUGAAGUCGCUAAAAAUGAAAACCCGUCAGUCUGUCUGCUGAAUGUUCUGCUAACCAAACAAAACUUCUUUGGACCGGAAACGUGGCGGCAGCUCCGCUCCUGAAAAACCUUUCCCUCAGAGCUGUCGUCGGGUCGGACGUUUUAUUUACAUCCGUCCUUUCUCCGUUGGUAACCAUGACAACAACAUGGGGAAAGGAGCUCACCUGCUUAAUAACUAGCAUUAGCAGUUAGCGCUCCCCUUUACUCUAAAGGUUUUGCUCCUCCACCCCUCCCAGAUGUUGAUCCGUCUGAUCAGACACAUCCAAACUGUCUGCACUUCCUUACCCUUGUGUUAGGGGGGGGUCUCCUCCCCCAGGGGGACGGAAACUUCACUGAUUCCAGUUCCAACGGGCUGCAGUGGUUCUGCCGGAAACGUUUCAUCUCUGUAGCUACAGCGCCGUCUGCUGUUCUCCCUCUGCGUCUGCGCAGACGUCACAUGACUGAAAACUGCUUGGGGGGUUGGCUUUUAUUUAAGGGCGGGGCUACAAUAUCAGAGCUUCUGCCUCCGAUAAAAUAUUACCGUAAACAUUUAAAAAAGAGCAAACUGCUGUUUCUGAAACCAGACGAGUUUUUCAGAUGUGUGGUUGGAGGUCAGAGGUCAGGCGGAGGCGGGGUUUGCUGCAGGGUUUGAGCUUUAAACGCCAAGAUGUCUCCAGAUAGAAGACUUCCUGCAGGUUCAGGCUGCUUUUCAGAAUAAAACGCCUCAUCGCAUCAACGUCCAGCUCAGCCAAAACGUCUUCAGAAAUGAUCUGAUUUAUCUUCCUGUAGCCGAUCAGACUAUGGUGCAGAGGGAAAACAGCAGCAGAGGGCGCUGUGGAGCGGCGGCCAUCAGAAUCAGAGUUCUGUGCGGUUCUGUGAACGUUUCCUCCCUCCUCACCUCAGCAGAACCUUCCUCUGCCGUCAGUCCUGCAGACGUCCAUGAUGAGGACGUGCUCCAUCACAACGUCCAGGCCCACCAGUAGCUCUGCUUCCUGUUUCCUUCUUCUGUCACAACCUUGUGAUUCAGUCAGCCAGCAGGCGGCUCCGUUUGUGUUCAGUUUUUGCCUCCUUUCUGUUUUUUCCCCCGAAGGAUGUCUUGCGACUGUAGGUCGACAUUAUACUGAAAUUAUUCCACCUUAAAUCUGCUUCUGGAGCAAAAAAAAGAUUUCAAAGAAAAAUGCAACCUGAUCUCCAUCCUGGCCCUUGGAUCCGGUUGGUGUUUGGACGCAGCGCCUGAUGGACUGUAGAUUUGUACAGAUGUGAAGACGUGAGCCGGUUUCCCUCCUGUCUGAAGUCCUCGGAGCUUUAGUGUGUGAGCGCCCCCUGCUGUAGACCUGGAUGCUAACCUUGUGUUGGGUUUGUUAACAAUCAGUGGACGUGCAAAUAAAAAUCUGUAAACUAA